CAAAACAAAACAAUCAAUUUUCAAAGAAUUGCCCCUAAAAGGUGCAUAAUUGGGUUUGAAUUUUCCAUGAUGGAUGUAAAGCGCGCAAUGGCUCUAAAUGAGGUUAUGAGGAUCCUAGGAAGCAUGUGGCAGCAUUUCCACUAACAUGCGCUGCAUCUGCGCUGCACGCCGGGCUGAUUGGAAAUUUCAGUGGAAGUAUUAGUGGAAGACGGACGCUUCCUGUAACCGCGUAUAUCGCACAGAUAAAUGGAGUAACGGAAAGGAGGAGAGGGAGGGGGGCCUCAGUAAACUUGACACGGUAUUCAAGGGAUGAUCGGACAACUCGUGUUAACUCUCCUCUUCAGGUAUCGUUUCCUAUAAUUACCACAUAAAUUUGUGGAGUAGUCCACAGGGGACAGUCCUCCCCCCACCCCGCCGUCGGGGAGAUAGAAUAAAAAGCGACUGGACGCACAAGAGGGGGCAAAUUUGGAACUUGGAGCGCCACACGGGAUAAUAUCAGCUGCUUCUUCUUUGGAGGGAUGAUCAUCAACCAUCGGCGACCACACAAAUGACUUCCGUAGCUUUAACUCCACGCAAACAGGAACCGACUUUUUUAAAAAAGUGAACACUUACCGGGAUCCGGACGGGAACGCAACAGAGAGGGGGAGAAAAGUUACGCACAUGUGCAUGGUUUUGGCAGGACGCACCGGACGCAGUCAGAGCGUAAGAGAACUUUGAAAAGGUCCCCAAAAAGAAGAGAGUUUAUUUUUUAUUUUAUUUUUUUUUUCCUCCUUGAGUCCACUUUCCACUUUCCUCACUACACUGGAGCUAUGAGCGCACCGCGCAAACCCGUCGUUGUGGGACUGCUGCUAUUGAUGUGCGCUCUGACCGAGCACUGUGGAGAGAGCGCGCCCACCGCGGCGGCCGGCGGGGACGCGCCGCGGAGUUCGAGGCGGAUGGUGGAGAUCAUGAAGCACGUGGAGAAUAACCGGGGUCGACACGCAGCGAGAACGGAAGCGCCGCUGACGCCGCGGGCGGCGGGCAGCGCGUCGGUAGAGAGGAGGGACUUUCGCGGCAAGACGGACAAAGGGAACCAGGCUCUGGUUUUAACCCCCACAGAUUAUAAAAUGAAAGAGAGAAUAAUUCAAUAUUUCACAGGUCCACUUGUGUUCAGCUACCAGUGCAGGAAGAACGCGUACAGACUUUACCAUCACACCAGAGACUGCACGAUACCUGCAUACUUCAAAAGAUGUGCGCGACUUCUCACACGGCUUGCAGGCAGCCCGCAGUGCACAGUGGGGUAGCGCGUGCAUACUCAAAAGGUUGAAGUCAAACAUGUGUACUUCAGAAGAAAAGAUACAAAACAAGAUAUAUUGGUGAAAAAGUGCCUUGGACAGUGAGAGGGAAGCCUAAAUCUGACCGCCCUGUCUGACUUUAGGCAACAGCGUUUUGCUUCAACCGCAUCCCUUCUGCUGAGGUGAAAAUUGCAGCUAACUUUGGCUGGGCCUCAACGGUUAGCUGUCGUUACACGGGAGCAUUGAGGCAAGGAAAACAGAGAGCAGGUGAAGAGUGAAGAGAGGAGGAGCUGGCAAAGAUAAGCAAAAUGGGCGCUUUUCUUCCACUGCACUGGAAUUCAAAAGGAUGUUGCUUAAACAAAUAAGAAACAAGAAUCACUGUCCUUUUGAGACAUUUGCCCUUGUUGAGUGUUUUAGGUUGACAUUGGCCCUUCGACUGCACUAUCACCAUCUAAAAACAGAAGUUUUCGCUGACCCCCAGCUAGUGACAGCGUCGUCACCCACUUGUGCUCAGAAUGAACUGUCAUUAAAUUAUUGCAAGAACAUGUUUCUGCAAAACACAAGUGGUGGCUUUAAGCCACAGCCAACCUGUGGAUAGACUAACCCUGGGUACCAUGUGGUAACGACCAUGUUUAUGUAUUUUACUCGUCAAAUGGCUUAGCGGUACAUAAAUCAUAGGUCAUGAUCUGUCCGACCAGGAGGGUAAUGUAUAUAACGGUAAACACAACCAUAGAAAGAAUCCACCAUUAAAGUACGUGGCUGGCCUUUAGCAAAAAGGUGUUACAUAUGUAAAAGUGUAUAUCUAUAUAUAUUUAAAAAUGAGAUAUAUUUAAAUAAAUUAUGAGGUUGUUACAAAAUAA